UCGCUCCCAGCUGCCGAGGGUCUUCGCCGCCACCGCCGCCCUUCCUCCGCCGAUUCGGCCCCGGCCCGGGACGGCCCCGCUUGGCCGCGAGCGCGUCCGCAGUGGGCCAGCUUCCAGCCCCGUGGGUCCAGGAGAAAGUCGCCUGCCGCCGAGGGAGCCGGGCAGGAGAGCUGCCUCCCCACCAGCCGCAAAGGCCGCUGCCGCCGCACUGCUCCUCGGCCAUUUUUAGAAUUUAAUUUUUUAAACUUUUCCUCGAUUCAGUGACUUUGGUUCAGCUUAGCCCUUGCCCCCUUUCGGUCCAGCUGCCAUUGGUGGAUCCUCAAGGGCUGUAGGGAGGCUUGAGGAUCCCCACAGUCCAGUAGAAAUCUAGCCGGUCGUGGGAGCCAGUUCUUGCCGUACCGGGCCCUCCGUGUGUGGUAUGGUGAUAUGUCUACCAAGGUGCCCAUUUACCUGAAGCGGGGCAACCGCAAAGGCAAGAAGGAGAAGCUUCGUGACCUGCUGUCCUCGGACAUGAUAAGUCCGCCGCUGGGCGACUUCCGCCACACCAUCCACAUCGGCAGCGGCGGCGAGGGCGACAUGUUCGGCGACAUCUCCUUCCUACAGGGCAAGUUCCACCUGCUACCUGGCACAGUGGGCGAGGGGCCUGAGGAGGAGGAGGAAGAUGGCACCUUCAACCUCCCCUUCCAGUUUGCCCGGACCAGCACAGUCUGUGAGCCCCUGGGGCUCUCCGACGGGCACUCCCCUCUGCUCAAGAACGCCAUCUCCCUCCCGGUCAUUGGGGGGCCCCAGGCACUCACCCUGCCCUCGGCUCAAGCCCCGCCCAAGCCACCGCGCCUGCACCUGGAGACCUCCCUGCCGACCUCCCAGGAGAAUGAGGGCUUGCAGAUCUGGAGGACUCAAGAGACUUCGUCUCCCCAGAAUGGCUUCCUGCCUGAGCAGGGCCCCGAGGAGCCCUUCCUGUCCCAAGCCAGCUCCCUCCUUUCCCUGCAUGUGGACCUGGGCCCUUCCAUACUGGACGACGUCCUACAGAUCAUGGACCAGCACCAAGACGUAGACAGAGUGGAGAUCCCCACAUAAAGCCCCAGGACGGGCAGGACCGCGUCAGGGCAUUGGGCCCUGGGAGGCAAGAUGUGGACAUGGGAUGGAUUCCCCAAGCCUUUACCUCUGGGAUCGGGGGGCAGAUCAUCUCUUGCUCUUGCGCCUCAGUUUCCCCCCACUUUGUCUCAUGGGAACAAUGACCUUUCAAGAGAGAGCAGCAGAAAAGCACUUUGGGACAGCCAGGUGCCAGAAAAGCAGCCCGUUCUUCCGGAGAGCUCCUCAGCUCCAUUCUCAAGCACCCCGGCCAGCAAACUGUGUGGUUGGGGGAGACCCAAUUCUGCCUUGCCUCGGUUAGAGCCAGGAUGACCAGAGGUAGUUGCAGGAUGGAGGAGGCUCCACAAAGGAUUGUGGGAAUCCACCUGGCUCUGGGUAAAAAGGGGGGGGUACCCUUACUCUAGAUUCUAGUUACCUCCUGGAAAAAGACUCUGCAGGCAAUAUGAGCACGGUGUCAGCCCCUUUCCCUCCCCCUGACCUUGACUUAGAGUGAGCUGUGAUGGCAAUAAACCAUGCUGGAUUGGUGACAGCUUCCUCCACCUCGGUCUCCUUCCCUGUCCCUUGUCUCAGGUCUGCUUUGAGUCCAACUAACUUGGAUUUAGUGCCCGACAUCAAGGGAGUGCCGGAUAUCAAGGGUUUGGCCCGCUGGGCAGAAGGCACAAUCCCUGCUUCUGGUCAUAGGAUCUAGAAGUUGUCCCCCCAUUUCACAAAUGAGGGAAACUGAGGCUCAGGUUUACAGGGUUUGCCAGAAGCACGAAACAGAAUGGAGAUGCGUAGCUCGCUUUACCAAGGAGGACUUUUCCCCUAAACCCCACAGCUCUGCAGACACCCAAUAAGCACAUUAAGUCGGGACUAAGCUCCCUGGGGCAAGAAUCCUAGCUUUUUCCUUUAUUUUUUCCCUAGCGUAUACAGGGCCAUGAAUACAGUAGGCAUUUAAUAAAUGUCUCCUCAAUAAAUGAGAUGAGAACCGAAAGGUGGGUCAGAUUGUGGGGCACAGACUGCAUUCGGACCUGCUUGGGCAAGCCACCAGUCCCUCCCAGCAUUGUACACCUUACAAUGCCUUGUGUUGCCCUUGAACCAGGCAGGCUUCCCAGAAUCCUCCUCCUCUCUUUGGGGAGUUUCCUGUCUCCGCCAGCAGGCAGAGAGCCUGUCCCUCCUCCCAGCUAAGCUGCUCAUUGCUCUGUGGGAUCCUGCUAAGCUCCCAACCGCAUUAGGUGCCCCCUAAUCCCUGAGCGGAUGACAGCCACCAGUGUGUUCUGGCUUUGCUCAGGAGUCCCAGACCUCGGGGCAGCCCUGGAGGUAGAGGAGGUUGGGCUGGUUGGAGGCUCACUGGGGCAAUGAAACUGCUCUUGGGUAUAAUCUAACUGCAAGCUAACCCAAUGGUGGGAAUUCUCUGGAGGCCAGGACAGCCAUGGCCUCCCACAAAUCCCCCCAGAGGCCCCACCAACCAAAUGUCUUCACACUUCAUGGGAAUCCGGCAUGGGUUCCCACCCCCUGGCCACCACCUCCUUAGCCAUUUGGCUUCUGUGCCGUGUCUUGGGGGCAAUUUGUCAGCGCCACCAUUUUUUGUGGGUAACACAUGAAUCUGGGCGAUUCUUCACUUGCCAAAAGACCAGGAAAUAAGGCCGGGAGGCCUUUUAAAAGAAACCAGUUUAUCGGGAGACGUGUAUGCAAAUGCUGGUGCCCUCUUCGCUCCAGGGUGCUAGGCCUCCGGCCCCUGACAGGGGUCACGUCCAGCCUCCUUUUCUAGAGAAGGGAGGAGGGCUGGCCCUGGCUUGUGGCUAGUAAGUUGCAGAACUGGCUCCAAAACCAGAUCUAGUUCCCAGAAACCUUAGCCCUGAGCUGACCCGUGUGGCUUGACUGAGAGAAUGUGCUUGGCAGUGGCGUUGGGCAUGGCCACCAUUCCUUCCCUGACAGACUAAUCGGGGUGCCCAGCUCUCGGCGGGGAGCCGGCACCGGGCCGGAGCAGGAGUUGUGAUUUUCUACUUUUGUUCGGUCAUUUCUGACUCAUUGUGACCCCAACGUGGGGCAGGAGGGUUGGCAAAAAUACUGGAGUGGUUCCGUCUCCUGCUCCAGCUCGUUUUAUAAAUGAGGAAA